GAUGUUUUCACAUCGAUAACAGAUGAACCAACUGGGCACCGCUGAGUGACGUGUAAGCGCAGCCAAAAAAACCAUUUCAAUUGUUUUACCCACGAUUUAACCGAAAGUUCCAAGACAAUGGGUUCGUUCCGCCGCGACAAGGAUGAGGAGGAGGACGGACCGAGCAAUGCGUACCAGAACCUGGAAAAAACGUCGGUGCUUCAGGAGACGCGCACCUUCAAUGAGACGCCGGUGAACCCAAGGAAGUGCAUCCACAUCCUGACCAAAAUCCUGUACCUGAUCAAUCAGGGUGAGCAGCUUGUGGCCCGUGAGGCCACCGACUGCUUUUUCGCGAUGACGAAGCUCUUCCAAUCUAAGGAUGUGGUGCUGCGACGUAUGGUUUACCUGGGCAUCAAGGAGCUGAGCUCCAUUGCCGAGGACGUCAUCAUCGUGACCAGCUCGCUAACGAAGGAUAUGACUGGCAAGGAGGACCUGUACAGGGCCGCCGCCAUUCGGGCCUUGUGCAGCAUCACGGAUAACACCAUGUUGCAGGCCGUGGAGCGCUACAUGAAACAGUGCAUUGUCGACAAAAACGCGGCAGUUUCUUGUGCCGCAUUGGUCAGUUCCUUGAGAUUGGCCAGCACUGCCGGCGACGUAGUCAAGCGGUGGGCAAACGAAGCCCAGGAGGCCUUGAACAGCGACAAUAUUAUGGUGCAGUACCACGCGUUGGGUCUGCUCUACCACAUCCGCAAGUCGGAUCGGCUGGCUGUCUCGAAGUUGGUCAACAAGCUGACCAGAGGCUCUCUGAAGAGUCCCUAUGCCGUUUGCAUGCUGAUUCGCAUUGCCUGUAAGCUGAUCGAGGAGGAGGACAUUCCCUCUGAAGAGCUGUCCGAUUCCCCCUUGUUUACGUUCAUCGAGUCCUGUCUGCGCCACAAGAGCGAGAUGGUCAUCUACGAGGCGGCUCACGCUAUUGUCAACCUCAAGAACACCAAUCCGCGAAUGCUAUCGCCCGCGUUCUCCAUCCUCCAGCUAUUCUGCAGCUCGCCAAAGGCAACGUUGCGCUUUGCGGCUGUGCGCACACUCAACAAGGUGGCCAUGACGCACCCGGCGGCAGUGACCACCUGUAAUUUGGACCUGGAAGGUCUCAUCACGGAUUCCAACCGAUCGGUGGCCACUCUGGCCAUAACUACGCUGUUGAAGACCGGCGCUGAAUCCUCGGUGGAGCGUCUGAUGAAGCAGAUCUCCACGUUUGUGGCCGAGAUUUCUGAUGAGUUCAAGGUUGUGGUCGUGCAGGCCAUUUGCGCUCUGUGUACCAAGUAUCCGCGCAAGCACACAGUGCUGAUGAACUUCCUCAGCGGUAUGCUGCGCGAAGAGGGUGGCCUUGAGUACAAGACCUCCAUAGUUGACACCAUCAUCACGAUCAUCGAGGAGAAUGCGGACGCCAAGGAGUCCGGUUUGUCGCAUCUGUGCGAGUUCAUUGAGGAUUGUGAACACGUUUCACUGGCGGUGAGGAUUCUUCACCUGCUGGGCAAGGAGGGACCCUUCGCGGCCACACCCUCCAAGUACAUACGCUUUAUCUACAACCGCGUCAUCUUGGAGAGCCCUAUUGUGCGAGCAGCCGCAGUCACGGCCAUGGCUCAGUUCGGAGCAUCUUGCCCAGCCUUGUUAAGCAAUAUUCUCGUACUGCUGGGUCGUUGCCAGAUGGAUCCGGACGACGAGGUGCGUGACCGCGCCACCUACUACCUUAGCAUUCUUAACUCAGAAAGGCCAGAGCUGUACAAGAACUACAUCAUCGAGAGGGAGAAUUGUUCUUUGGCUCUGCUGGAGAAAUCGCUGGUCGAUCAUCUGAAUGGCGACCUGGACACACGCUUUGAUAUUUCCAUUGUGCCCAAGGCGGCCAUAGUAAAGCCGGUGAUUGCCAACGAUGUAAUGCUUGUUACCAGCAGUGCUCCACGACCGCCGAAAAUCACGCGGGAGGAGGAGAGUGCUGCACGUCUGGCACAGCUGCCAGGCAUCCAGGUGCUGGGCCCUAUCCAUCGCAGCACAGCUCCCAUCCAGCUGACCGAAAGCGAAACGGAGUACACGGUGCAAUGCAUCAAACACAUAUUCGGCCAGCACGUGGUCUUCCAAUUCGAUUGCUUGAAUACGCUAUCCGACCAAAUUCUGGAAAAUGUGCGGGUGGAGCUCACGCUGCCGGAAGGAUUCACAGCCAGGGCGGUCAUUCCAUGUCCCAAGUUACCCUACAACGAUCUGCAGACCACAUUUGUCAUCGUAGAAUUCCCGCCCGACGCCGCCAGUUCCAUCGCCACCUUUGGUGCCACUUUGCGAUUUGUGGUCAAGGACUGCGAUCCCAACACCGGCGAGCCGGACUCAGAUGAGGGCUAUGACGACGAGUACAUGCUAGAGGAUUUGGAGCUGACAGUUGCCGAUCAGAUACAGAAAACCAGAAAGAACAAUUUCCAAGUGUCAUGGGAUGCAGCUGACACAGAAGAAUGGCUACAAGCCGAGGAUACCUUUGUGCUAUCGGCAGUGACCACCUUGCAGGAAGCCGUCAACACUAUAGUCAAGAUCCUGGGGCUGGGCGCUGCAAACCUCUCUGAAAAUGUACCUGAGGGUACGCACCUGCAUACGUUGCUCUGUUCAGGAACCUUCAGAGGCGGCGCCGAGAUUCUGGUGCGGGCCAAGCUGGCGCUUUCAGAGGGCGUCACGCUUAAUCUGACGGUGCGCAGCACAGAUCAGGACGUAGCGGAGCUCAUAACGGCGGCCAUCGGAUAAGACAGCGAGCCAUGCAGGAACCUCGUUUGGUUUUUGCGUGCUGUCAACGUAAUCUGAACUACGAAACAGAAAGUUACACCUAAUCAAAAAAUAAUUCGUACCUUUAAGUGACUGUCCCUGUCCACAAUUCGGCAUGUGCAACAUUGAGUAUUGCUACUGUCCAUUUCCAAAAAGUUUAUGUGGCCCAGCGAUGCAUCCUCGGAAAUGUAUCGCAUAUGUUUAUUAUCCCCAUUUAGCCUGUGCAUUUAGCUUAAGUAUGGAAACAAAAUAUUAAAAAUACAUGUAUAUGCAAUGCAACCCGA